AUGGCAUUUAAGGAAAUCGACAUAUGUUUAGAGAAUGGCAAUAGUUCUUCAGAAAGUGGACUGUUACCAGAUGCCCCUAGUGCAACGCCCGGAACAGACGAGGAUUUGACAAAAGACACGAUUAUAACUGACACGGUUAUUACUGGUACUACAAUAUCUGACUCGGGUCCAGGGGCUUUCUCUGAGAAUUCGUCAUCAACCAAUUUGAAUAUGCAUGAACCAUGGUCGUCCAUAGUUCUAGGGCCCGAUCAAAACGAUGCUACAUCUGUUGUAAAAGUCGAGUCGACAGUAAAUGGGGCAUCCGACUUAACGUUACUUCCCAAUACGACGCCCAAUCUAUCGGAAGGCUCGCCCAAUCAAGAUCUCACUGAUUGGCUAUUUGCACCUGGUCUUGGCCUACUCUCUAACAGGCCUGGUGUACUCGAACCAUAUUCAUUUCUAUUAUCUCCCACAAAAGACUUUUCACAGAUGUCUUCACCACCAUCUUUUGAACAGAAUAUAGUCAUGUCAGAACAUAAAAGGCAGGAAAUGCUUAUCGAGAUCCCAGAACUCGAAAAUUUUGUGGAAUUUUCUCUUUCGAAUUUAGCGAUAUACAACCAAACGUAUUGGGACAAAUUCCACUGGCAGUGUCCAAUACUACAUCACCCAUCUUUUCAAAUUGACCAUACGCCGGCCCCGCUUUUACUAAGCAUAAUCCUUAUUGGUGCUUCGUACGCCCAGACAAGCGAUGAGUUCCGUAAUUCAAUUGCUACACCAUUACGGUGGAUAAUAUACAAGUCGUCCAGUUUCCACCCACCAACUAGAGUGUGGAUUCUUCAGAGCCUUCUCCUUCUAGAGGUUUACGAGAAAACACGAUCAGGUAGCAGGCUAAUCCAUGAGCGGGCACAUAUUCAUCAUGGAACGACUAUCCAGUUGAUUCGACGUGGUUCAACCUUGCUCGACCCAUCUAUUAAACUAGACUCAAAAAGUAACAGUACAUGGAUGGAAUGGGUCGAAGCAGAGUCCAUUAAACGGGCAGUAUUUUUAGCAUUUGUUUUGGACGUAUCACAUUCGGUGCUAUUUAGCCAUGCGCAGAUCCUGCAUCCGAACGAGCUGCAACUGUCUUUACCUUGUGAUGAUGAAAUAUGGAAUUCAGCUGAAGAUCACAGGUCCAUGCUCAACAAGCCGAGUGAGCCUUUUAUGGGAGGACUAAGAUCAUUAUUGAAAAGGAAACACGUUUCUACAAAUUGUAAAUUAGGAAGACUGGCAUUAUUAUAUGGUCUUUUGUCACAUUAUAUUCAAGUGUCUAAUCUGGAUAUCGAAGCAUCGACUUUAGACUCUGGUUUGGCACCAUUUCGGGACAAAUGGAGUCAAGUGCUCACAAAAGCAAUUGAUUUUUGGUGGGAAGACUAUGACAAACCAGCCGAAGAUGAUAUGCUGGAUACAGCGUUGCAGUAUCAUUUUGCAUUUAUUUCCAUGAAUCUCCGCAGGUAUGAACUGCAUGUGUUCUGUGGUGACAGGAGAAUUUUGGGCAAAAACACAGUACAUCAAGAUUAUCUGUUUGCGGAGAAGUACAUGUACGAAUGGUCUAAAACUCCAGCUGCCAGGGAGUGCGCAUUUCACGCUUUAGUAGUUCUGCGUAAGGUAUUUUUGACGGACGGUCAGCCGUCAAUGUAUUCCGCUGGAAACGACCCCUUUAUUCACGGACCGAUGAUCGUUGCACAUUGCGCAUUGGUGUUCUGGGCCUUCUGUUUCUGUACAGACGGACCCGAGUCGAAAGUAAUGGCUAAAUCAAAAUCUGGAUUUAGUAGUUUUCACAAUUCUGCUGCACGAGAGCACGAAUGGGCCCUGGCAGCAGAAAGCGGGCUGGGCUAUUUGGAACGGACCAAGUCCAUCACAUCACCGGCCGAUCUAGAUGGCUUUGAAAACAAAAAUAGAAUAGUUGGCCUAUUAAAAUGGGUUAUUUUGGCAAUGGGCACUGGUAACUGGCCUAUGGUGAACGAAAUGGGUCAAAUAAUGGAUAGUUGUGUGAAGAGGAGUUUAGGAUGGGAGGAUAUUGUUGGAACCGAGCUACAAACUCAGGAUUUAGAAUCCACUAACUAA